CAGCCGACCAGCCCGGAAGCCUCACUCGCUCUCUAUUUAUGUGUUUGGGCAGAGCUCACUCUCUUUCGUUUAUCCCUUGCAACACAUUCCCACCACCCCUCCUCCUCAUGUCCUCCUCAUCUCCUCUUUGUGGGUCAGUGAUGCAGCAGGAGUGACGCAGCAGUGUCAGCGCCUCAUCGGCCUCCAGACGUGCAGCGUCUCAGGAGUGGACUGGAGGGAGAAUCUGUGUGCCCAGGCUGGGCCCAGACACACACACACAGGCAGCCAGCCACCAGUAAACAGAGGAGAAGGCGGAAGGGAUGAAUCUCCAAGCAAUUAUUCAAGUGUGAAAGAAGAAUUCAUCCCAGAGAAUGGCAACAAUGAAUCAGCAGAUGACGGUGACGUCUCCCUGCACCCAGGGCUUGAUGGACAGCUCCCAUCCCCAGGCGCUCCUCAGCAGGCUCAACGAGCAGCGCUCCCAGGGCCUCUUCUGUGAUGUCACCAUCGUGGUGGAGGAUGUAAAGUUCCGGGCCCACCGGAACAUCCUGGCUGCCUGCAGCGGAUACUUCCGCAGCGCCUUCACCUCCACUGAGGUGUGGACUUCCAGCCAGGUGCUGGAGCUCAUGGACCUGAGGUCUGAGGUGUUCGCCAGCAUCCUCAACCUCCUCUACUGUUCCAAGGUGACAUCAUCACCUAGCACAGAGGACACUAGAUGCCUGAUGGCAGCUGGAAAAAGACUGGGGAUUCCCUUCUUAGAGAAACUAGUGGAACAAGACAGGCAGGACUCGGGUGGGCCACAGAUCCAGACCUCAACCAACCCUGUUAAGACCACAGGCCAUAGUAAGGCCCAAGGGCCCCGUAAAGCAAAGAAAGAGACCUCCAGGCCAGAGGAACCAGACAGUGCUAGAGGCCCGCGGAUCACCAAUGCUUUCUCUAUCACUGAGGUGGGUCCUGGGAACAACCUCUUCACCCCACUUGACCUGCACAGGGGGGAGAGGCCAUCACCUGACCUCGGACAGAUGCCAGCGGGCUGCCCUGCCCCCUGCCCCCUCGCAGUGGACAAUGAGCCCAUGCAGGCGCUGUCAGAGCACUCCUACGCAGUCAUUAGCCAGGUUCCCAGGGACCCUGAGCACAGGGAUGGCAACCAGGAAGACAACAAGCAGGGCACCAAGACCACACAGUCCCAACCAAGACAACUGGCCAGCAGGAACAGUGGCCCACUUAAAAAGCGCCACAGACUGCGAGCCGCCUUGAGUAAAAGCACACCUCCAACACCGGCUGUAGCACAUGAACCUGUGCAUCCUACUGGAAGCAGCCCGGCAUUAAUUAAGCCCACUGUACAACCUGAUGGAAUGUCACCCCCGUCAUUAUACCCGCAGACAGUGCAUACAAGCAGGGCCAAUGAGCUGCCUCUAGCCAUUGAUAAUGGCUACAGGGAGCUGGACCCACCUCCACUUUCACCCCACACAGAAGAUAGCAUAUCAAUCUACGGCUGUGAGCACUGUCCAGAGAUAUUCACCAAUAAAGCACUUCUCACCGUACACACAGAAAUGCACAAAAAAAGGUUUGUCAGUCAUUUGUUUUGCAAGUUUUGUCGCAGGAAGUUCAUGCAUUUGAAGCGGUUGCGGAACCACGAGACGGUGUGCCCGAAAGCACAGAGGGGCUCGCCUGACCACGAGCCCCAAGGCAAAGAGGCCGGGGCAGACCAUUAUUCAGACAGCAUGCCAAGCACGAACAAUACAGUAACUAAUGUCCAGUUAUCUCCUCCUGAACUUCCUGACCCUUUCCCUCCAACCAGCCUCCAAAUGAACCCCACAUCAAAAACACUGCAGGCUGUAGAUAGGUUAGUGAAACCUAGUGGAGGCCAGAGGGUCUAUAACUGCAGUGUGUGUAAACGGGCAUAUGUGACCGUCUCCAGUCUGAAGCGCCACGAGAAUGUGCACUCCUGGCAGAGGGCGUACCCCUGUCACUACUGCAAUAAAGUGUUUGCCCUUGCCGAGUAUCGCACCAAACACGAGAUCUGGCACACAGGUGAGCGCCGCUACCAGUGCAUCUUCUGCUUAGAGACCUUCAUGACCUACUACAUCCUAAAGAACCACCAGAAGGCCUUCCACGGAAUCGAUCCCAGAUUGUCUGUGAGUAAGAAGUCAGCAAAUGGUGGAUUUAAGGGCAGCGUAUACCCCAUCAAACUCUACAGGCUUCUGCCUAUGAAGUUUAGAAAGAGACGGUACAAGACUUACAGUCAGACCUAUUCAGAGGAGCUGGAGGGCAGUGAGCAGGCCCCACUGGGCUGCAGCUCUCCCAUCCCUCCAUUUGAUGAUGGUGAUGCUAUGAGUACCCAAGAUGCUGCUAUAUUCUCAAUGCCUGUGACAUUCAUGGCCACUCCAAAAGUGGUGGCAUCAGUAAUGCCACGCAUCAGUUUUGAUCAGCCCUGUGACCAAGAUGUAGACCAAGCUGCAGGCACAGGAAAACAGGCCUCUCACUCAGAGCAUAAUGGGCCUCCAUAUAGCUAUACAACCCCCUUGGCCAUAAUGCAGGCAGGUGUGGAGUCCCCUGAAAUGGACUAUGGAGAUGGUGCUGCAUUCCAAAGGUUUAAGAACCCAGAGGGCAACAGUCACAAUCUACCAAUCCUAAAAAUUAACCCACCCAGCUCUCUGAACAGGUUAUGUGAGCUCUCAGCUGCAGCCCAGAGAAUUGAAGCCAUGACCAGUCAGCUUUUUCUGCCAGGGGUUGAGAGCCUGGCACCUAGCAAGACUGCAGGGGGGGAAACUGAAACGUACAUUGCCAAGCCUGCAUGUCCAGGUCCCUCCGUGGAUGGUCACGUUCUACCUCUCUGCCAGAUCACAGUGAAAAUUGGCAACGAGGCAAUCAUUCGCCGAAGGAUCAAGGGCUCCAAGCUGUUCCCCAGGAAGAGGAAAAGAAGCAGCGGGAGCCAGGUAGAGGAAAGGUGUUGGGACCAGGGCCGGCCUACAGAGAGCAGCAUGGAGAGCUCCAGCCUCCGCUUCAGGACAGAGGUCACUUCUGUCAUAGAGCCAGAGCCAUGCGAUGACCUCACUGACCGUGACACAGCUGACAAGCUCUGGCGUCCCUAUUACUCUUACAAACCCAAGAAGAAGAGUAAGAAACUGAGAUCCAAACACAGAAAAGAGAGACGUCGUCUCCGCUAUUCCAUGACAUCCUCAGUAGUGCCCAGGGCCAGCAAAGACUACCUGGAUAAAGGAUGCAGAAGUGCUGAAGAGAGCGUCUCCAGCGAGGGCACAGAGCUGAAACAACGUCUCAGAAACACCAGCCCAAAGACGACAUACACCUGUGACAUCUGUGCAAGCACCUUCAUAACGGCAUCUGGUCUGAGAGCGCAUGUCAUUGGCUGUCACCCAACUUUCUGUCGGACCUGUGCAAAGCAGUGUCCCCCCGGCGAAGCCCCCAGUGCCAGCUUUGAGACCGCUGAGGACAGCAGGGAUUACAUAUGCAAGAGCUGUAUGGAAAAUGGCUCCUGCUUUGACAAUUGUGCCCGCAGCCCUAGCACAGAGAAACGGUAUCAUUGCUCCUUCUGCCCCCAGCGCUUCCUCUACCUCGCAACCAAGAAGAGCCAUGAAAAAAAACACCAGGAGACAGCAGGAAAGGGGUACAGCAGCGACAACUACCCCACAGUCCCAAAACGCCCAGCAACUUUGGACUUAGGCUUAAAUCUGAAAAAGCAUGUCAUCAAAACAGAGGAAGGAGAGGAUCAAUAUAGCAUCGACAAGGAGAGCAAAGUGCCAGCGGGAUUGCUAGGCAGGUUCUCAACAGAGAAGAUAGAGCCUAAGCACGAGGAAUGGGAGGACACAGGUGACUACAUGUCAGUGGCGCCCGAGAAAGAGAUUCCAUUUAGAAUUAAUAGUGAUGGACAUUAUCAGAAAACUCCAAUGUCACCCCCCUGCACAAACACAUUUUCUCCUAUCCCUUCAGAGAUGCUGUACAGAAAGCCUUCCCCUUCAGAGAUGCUGUACAGAAAGCCUUCCCCUUCAGAGAUGCAGUACAGAAAGCCUAAAAAUCACAUUGAACACAAACAGCAACAUCAGACAAGCCUCACUUCCAAAAGGCAGAACCAAGUAGACUAUAUCGGUAGAGAGACACCCAGCCAUAAGGCCCCUAUGACCACACCAGGAGCAGACAGUCAUUUUAGCUAUGGGCAGUCUUCUUCUACAUAUCUGAAAAGAGACUCUGUCACUAGGGCAACCACUCCCUCCUCGCCCAAGUCAGAGAAGCAUACAUACAGUGCAAAGAAGAGACCUCUUUACAAACAUAAUACUUAUCAUUCAGGAGGGAAAUACUUUUAAGUGACUAUAUGCCUAUGUAGUAAGUUGCAGACCUACAGUCAAAUACAUACAGUACCAGUCAAAAGUUUGGACACAACUACUCAUUCCAGGGUUUUUCUUUAUUUUUACUAUAUUUAUAGAAAACAGUAAAAAUAAAGAAAAACCCUGGAAUGAGUAGGUGCGUCCAAACUUUUGGCUGGUACUGUAUGUCAAUAGAUUUAAAAGCUGUGCUUGAUUUAGGUUAGUUUGAUUUAGGUUAGUUUGCCCGAAAUAAUGGACACAAUGGAAUUGACCCAAACAAUCAAGUUCACCUCAAGUACUUUGAAAAUAUUAUUUGACAUUGUGUUUUUGACCUGGGCCUGGAAAACAGAUAGAUCUGAAAUAAGUUGCCAAUGGAAAGCAGAUAUUGAAUAUGAGGACCUAACUGACAUCUAUGUAAAUUGAAUUUUCUUCACUUAUAACACAAUCAGUAGUUUCUCAUGUUAAAAAAAAAAAAAAGUGAUUUAUUUUUGUACUUUAUUUUGCUUAGAGACUAGUUCAUAAUUAUUGUGCUGUCCAUAUACUAUACCUAUGCUAAUUGUGCAUAGUUAUUUGCACUUUAUAAUAAUUUAUAUUUACACUGUAUAGGCUACCAUUCAUAAUAAUAGUCUGUCCACCUCUUUGGUAGUGUCAUUACCACUGACAGCACCACAUGCACCAUCAAAAUGAAUGAGUCCCCAUGUGUGUCUUUUAAAAUAAUAUACAUGAGUGUUACAAAGUUGACAAACUGCAGUUUGUUUGUCAGAGGGAAUAAAUAAUUAAUCAAUCAAACAGUAGAUAAUGACAGGAAGAAAACAUACAUGCUUGUUUUUAUAUUCCCGUGUCUUGGGUUAUUUAGACAAAUAAACAAACAAACAAACAAACCUGUCU